AUGUAGACGGUAAAUUUUCGGAAAAGUGAAAUAUCGAAUGGCCGUGUUAUACACUUAGUGUUUUAACAUUUCAUAAAAAGGGAGUGAAAGUGUUUUCAGUUGAUGAUGAGGCUGAUUCAUAUGUAUGUGAAAUAAACACUGAAGUAUAAAAACAUGGCGAAAUUUAAGCAAAUUUUACAAAUAGAGCCUGCAACUGAACUUACAUUCCAUGCAGUGCCAUCUGACAAGAACGUUACAGCAAAACUCAAGUUAAUGAAUCCUUCACAAGAGAGUAUUUGUUUUAAAAUAAUGGUAACAGCUCCGAUGGUAUACACUAUCAAGCCAAACAAGGGGAUAAUUCCACCAAACCAGUCAACAGAAAUAUUAGUCACGCUUCAUUCAUUCAAGUACGGUGAAAAUCAAACAUACAAACACAAGUUAAUGGUACGAUCAAUGUUUGCACGUGGCGAAGCAUUAGAGGACCACAUGGACCAAAUGUGGAAGGAAAUAUCUCCAGAUGCAGUCAUGGGAACAAAACUGGAUUGUAGAUUCAUACAAGCAGAAAGAAAAGAAACGUUGAUGGUGAGUAUAAAUACAAUUCUAUACACAUUACACCUCCAAAAGAUAAUGGAAAAUUGA